AUGAGCCGAUCUGUUCCUCGCGGUCGGCUUAAAUCCCAGCCAGUAGCUGAGUUCGGUUACGACCUCGGAGAAGACCAGCAGCGUGGCCUAGAUAAUCCGGACAGAGCUAAAGUGUUGCGAGUGAUUUCCGACUGCCCCAUACAAUUCUACCAACUGGACGCUGAGACUCGUUCCAAAAAAACAAUCUUGCAAGAACAGAGGGACUACCAACGACAUGAAUGGUCUGUCGGAAUAGCCUACAGGACCUUUGACAUGGCGCCCGAUUUCUUAUCAAACAGUCAGGCAGUCUCUACGACGCUUGCACACUGGGGGGUCUAUAUCAAACGUGACGGCAAGCCAUAUAAGAUAUUUGGCAUGAAUUUUGCCGAUUUCGACAAGAAAGAGCUCAUCAUCGAAGAUGUUUGGGCCGCAAAUACCAAUCAUGGACCAGAAUGGCGCAGGGAACUUGACAUCAACGAUUUCACGAAACUUGAAGACCACAGAGACUUGACUAUGUACUUUAGUGAGAUUGAAUUCGUACUCGCAGGCAAGUUCUGGCUUUUACUUCUAGCCUUUCCAAACAAUAGUAACUGUGCGACUGGAGACUAA